AUGGGUUUCUUUACCAGCACACUGCUACUAUCUGCUGCCGCAGUGACUCUGGCACUGCCCGAGGGUCUUCUCCCCAGACAGGAUACCAAUACAUGUGCCAACACAAGACAAUGCAGAGACCCCUUUAACUUCGAUCGAGCUUCGCAAAAAUAUUGCAAUACUGUGACCCAUCAGUGUGAGCCACGACUCGACAACGGGGAGCAGUGCACCACCCAUGACGCCUGCAAGGGUGUUUGUGUAUCAGGUUUCUGCAAGCAAGAUUUCGUCGGCGAAUCCUGCGAAGCUGCGACUGACUGUGGCCCCACUGGUCGAGGUUAUCUGUGCUCGCCCAUCACAAAGACUUGUCUUCUGUCUGAGCGUUACAAGGGCCUCCCGUGUGUCGAAAAUGAGCAGUGCGUGACUGGCUAUUGCUCUAAGAGCAGCGGCCUCUGUGAUCACAAACCUGGCGCGGAGUUUUCAGAAUGUUCGAGUAAUGCCGACUGUUCAGCACCCAAUGUCUGCCGCAAGACCCAGUGGCAUGAUACAAAGACGUGCCAGGCUACGGAUGGAACUCUUUACUCUCCUUGCUCGGCUGAGAAGAAGUGUGUGGGGAAGCUACAGUGCAAAAAUGGAGAGUGCUCUCAGCCGCCGCAGUGUACUGAGCAGGGACUGGCCUGUUCCAAGAAUGCGAACUGCUGCUCAGGAAAGUGCAGCACCACUGGCCUGUUUUUCCUCUGGCAGUGUGAAUAG